GCAAGCCUGGCUGUGGUGCUGAGGCUGAGAGCCGUCUAUUUGAACAGUCACUUAGAGCAAGUGAUCGGGUGCAUCUGUGGAGACUCACAAGGGGCUCUCUUAUUAAAUUUUCAUUAAGUGGAAUCUCAGUUGCCACAAUGACUCUUGAAGCCUAUAAAAGGAAGAUGAAGGAACUGCCAAUCGUUUCCCUAUUUUGUUCCUGUCUACUUGCUGAUCCAGUGGAGAAGAUGAACUAUAAAGAAGAAGAUGCAGUGGACUUAAGCUGGUGUGUUAUCAAAGAUGUGGAAGUGAUUGAACUGAACAAGAGAGCCUCAGGACAAGCCUUUGAGGUGAUACUAAAACCUCCUUCUUUUGAUGGAAUCCCUGAAUUUAACAGCUCUCUUCCUAACAAGCGAGAUCCUUCCUUGGAAGAAAUCCAAAAGAAGCUAGAGGCUGCAGAAGAAAGAAGAAAGUGCCAAGAGGCAGAUCUCCUGAAGCAUCUGGCAGAAAAGCGAGAACAUGAGAGAGAAGUGAUUCAGAAGGCCAUUGAGGAGAACAAUAACUUCAUCAAGAUGGCAAAGGAAAAACUUCAACAGAAAAUGGAGGCCAACAAGGAAAAUAGGGAAGCACUUUUGGCAGCCAUGCUGGAACGUCUGCAAGAGAAGGACAAACAUGCUGAAGAGGUGAGAAAAAACAAGGAGAUGAAAGAGGAGGCAUCUCGGUAAAAAGAAGAAAGCAUGGGACUCAUUUUUGCUAGCUAAAAUACAAAAGAAAAAAAAUCCAAAUUUAAAAGACAAAAAGUUUUCUAUGUGAUGAUUUGAGGGGGCAAAGAAAGAAGCUGUGUAGUCCAAAUGAAAAAAAAAAGUGAGUUAGUGUUUGUCUUUGUGGCAAUACAAGGUGCACCAGCUCUCAUGUUGGGCAAAGGAGAGACGUGAUGAUACAGUCGAGACAACAGGCUGUCUGGUCAUUUGAACGUUAGCUUGUGAUUGGGCUCUAAAGUCAGUCCCAUGAUGUUAAUCGGACCACAACCGUUACCCUUUGCAGUCAUUUGUUAUUCAGCCUUGCUUGAGUACAGUACUUUGUGAUCUUCCUGCGUAAGAUGAUUUCGGCAUAGAGUGUCACUAGCCAUCUUUGCUUUUCCAACUUCCAUUAUACAAUAUAAAACAAGAAAAGUAAUGAUCAUAAAGCUAUUAUAAAAAGUACAACAUAAUAAGAGGUAUACUUUAAAUUCUAGCACUAUCCACUUGUUAAGCUUAAUUCGCAUUUAACUGAUGGGCCUGCUUUCUUUUAAUUGCUAAGUAGAAACCAUUAUUGUACCUUCAGCAAUUUCAGUAAUAUACAGUGCAUCAUCAACAUACUGUCAUGAGAAACCGAAAGAUUAGCAUUGCAGAAUAUGUCAGCAAAAUUGAGAAAGGUAAACGUUUUCACAAAAUCCACACAUUCUGAAAUGCAGUCCCUGAGCUAUUUUUGAUCUGAAAAUAAACUUCUUUGGGCUGUCUCUUGUAAAGUAUAUUCCAGUCAGCAAGCCUUGUUUAUGGUAGCCAUCACUAAGAAGCUACCAGUUUUAUUACUCAGCUGUAGCAGAUAGAUAGAUAGAUAGAUAGAUAGAUAGAUAGAUAGAUAGAUAGAUAGAUAGAUAGAUAGAUAGAUAGAUAGAUAGAUAGAUAGAUAUUGCUAAAACAUACUUAAAUACAGAUUAUGCUGUAAUUAACAUGAUAAUGAGAAAAUAUAUCAAAAAUAAUUUGAGCAUCACAGCACAAAGUAGGAAUGAUAACAACAAAAUUCAGGAAUACUAUGAAGGCUGUUUACCAGUAACAAAACAUUUUGGCAAAGAUUUGAUUCUUAAAUAUUUUGUAUAUGCUUACUUAUAAAAUUUUAUAUAUAUAUAUAUAUAUAAAUAUAAAUAUAAUUGCUCAGGUACAACAAGAAAUUAGGCAUUUCAUUACCGGUAGUCAAGUUCUUUCUUUCCAAUGGAUGCAACAGAAAAUUCAAAAUUUUCUGCCCAAUGCAAUUUCUUGUUUAUUUACAUUUGUAGAAACACAUUUAUGAAAAUUAAGUGCCUUUUGAUUUUAACAUUUGCUUGCUGAACUGUGUAAUUUAUUUAAGGGAAAAAUAUCCUAAAUCGCUGUAAUAUUCUACCACUUGCAUACAUAACAAGAUUUUGAUUAUAGAAAAUGAGAAACAAAUUUAUCUUAGUCACGUCUGCAACAGAAUAUCUUUAAUUAAUUAUUCACUGAGUUGCCGUCCAUUCUUGUGUUUCAUAUCUGAAAGUUAAAAAUCUUCAUAGUUCGGUAAAGCUAAAGACAGCAAUUUGUCAUGAGCUUGCUUCAUAAGGUAGAAGAUAUCCAUUCAUUCACAUAACAUGUGGCAAGCUUAUCAUAUUUAUGAAACAAUAUUUAAAUAUUUCAUCAUUUUACCAGUUCACAAACCAUUUUUUUACUCAAGGCCUUAAAUGUAUGUCACUGCUGCAUCCUACUUAAAAAACCUAUGCAACUUUCACUUCAAAAUUAACAGAUGGCUUUUGAAAUGACAAAUUCGUUUUUGCUUUAGCUGAUAAAAAAAGAUUAGACCUUUAAAUUUCCAUCUGAUUAAUCAGUGACACUUACGCGUACACACGACACUAAAAGUUCUUAUCUCUCCCAUUAAAUCCAAAACUUUUUUGCACAAAAAUAAAGCACAUUUUCUAAAACAAUUUGUAUUAUGAAAAAGAAAGAAAACAAAAAACAAAACCGGCUCCCCACAAUCCCUCUAUCAUUCCAGGUGCACUUUGUCUUGGCAUGACAAUGUCUUUUCUGUUUGUACUUUGUGCUUGUUGAUCAUUUGUUUCUUGCAAAAUGUUUAUAUCUAAUAAUGUGAAGAUUCUGAGAAAAAAAAACAAAACAUAUGAUUAAAGGUUGAAAAGCAACUGUUCAGUCCUGAUGACCGCAACCUAA